UGAUGUCAGCUAAUUGAUGAAUUGAUAAUGAUGAUGUUAUCAUUAGUCAAACAACCGAAAUGAUGUUAUGUUUCCAAUGGUUUGUCGCUGUUCAUCGAUCGCGCUUAUCACUCGCGCUUUUGGUAGAAAGUAUGUGCGACAUCAUUGAUUGAAUGCUCUAGCUAGAGACGGAAUGCAAAUGUCAAUGAUAAUUUAUGGUUCAAUGAAAUCGUUAUGUAUGGCACCUAUUCUCAUUAGCGAAUCGUCUACCAACAGUAUGGGACGCUGGUCAAGAGUGCUCCUACGAGCAACGAUGCUCUGCUUCUACAUAGCAUCUUUGCAAGCAGAUCGCGACAAAAGGAUGGCUUCGGGAACGGAUGUCGAGCAGGAGGAAGUACCGUACCAAGUGUCGUUUCGAUUUAUUGAACAGGAUCGUCAUUUAGGUAGUGGUGCCAUCCUUAACGUGCGAUACAUCAUAACGCAGGCGUCCUUCAUAUGGAAACUGCUCCGUACCUAUCCGGAGCAACCGCUGUCCACAUUAGCUCGGAUUCGUUUUGGACAGGUGGAACUCAAGUCUAAAGCAGAUGAUCAAUUCCGCUCCAUCCACUCGUACACGUAUCACCCUUUCUUUGAUUUCGAAGCUGCUCGUAACGAUAUAGCCCUGGUUCGCACACUCGAGUACAUUGAGUUUAAUAGAUUCGUACAGCCAAUUGUAAUUAGGAAAGGUUUCAUUCCGGAAGGCAGUGCAGUAAUGUACACGGAUUGGGGAGCUGAAAAGGAUACUGCUGCACAGGAUGAGUACAAGGAGAAGCUACAAAAGUUAGAUGCACGAGCAAUAUCAAACGACCUGUGCAAAGAGCUACUGAGCCCUUGGGAUUUGCAAGAUUUGGUGUACGACACUCGAGUGUGCAUCUACACGAACGGAACAGGAAGCAUCUGCACGGGUAACGUUGGUGGACCCCUGGUGGUUAUCGAGGAUGGGCAACCGCAGCUCGUCGGUGUUAUGUCAUAUGUGUACCGAGCGUGCAAUUCGUACGUUCCGGGUGGAUUCGAACGGCUUUGGAACCACUACGAAUGGAUUAGGAAAACAUCAACCAUUGACUACAGUUAUGUAAAUUUUGGUGAAAUGUGUCGUGCAGUACGAAAUGUAGCAGCCCAACUAUUGAUGCAGAACAAAGAAUCUGUGCGGCGUCGCAGAGCGAUGAGAAAUUCAAUGCAAACUCCAUGA